AUGCCAAUGUUGGGGGUGGAAUCGAUAGUCCAGCUCAAGUGCAUCUGUGCCAAUGCAGGCAGCAUGGGCAAUAAACAGGAGGAGCUGGAAGCCAUUAUGCAGCAGGAUAAAUAUGACUUAGUUGCCAUCAUAGAAACACGGUGGGACGACUCCCAUGGCUGGAGUGCUACAAUGGAUGACAUCUGGAUGGAUGAUGCAAUAAGCUCUUCAGAAGGAAUAGGCUCGUCCUCACGCCCAACAAUUCCACCUCCUCCCCUCGCGCAGCCCGGCGGGAAGGAGGAAGGGGGUCGAGGUCAGCCCCUAACCGCUCUUCUCUGCCGCUCGUUCCUCCUCAUGCUGCUUCCCUGCCCCAGCGUGGGGUCCCUCCCAGGGGCCGCCGUUCCUCCAGGGCACGUACGUCUACCUGCUCCACCGCGUCCUCCCCAGGGGCUGCGGGGGAGCUCCGGCUCCGGCGCCCGCAGCGCCUCCUGCCGCGCCCGUCUCGCUGACCUUGGUGCUGUUCCUCACUUGCUUUCCCAGAGGCGCCGCCAGCUUGGCCCAGGGGCUCCGGCGCGUCCCGCAACGGCCUGGAACCGUCGUGACCGGCACGGGGCUGCCCGCGGCCUCCGCCCCGCAGCUCCCCGCAGCCCCCGCUGCCAGCGCCCGGACAGAGCCGGUACAGAGGGGGAGGUAGCGCUCGAAGAGGGCACGCCGUCGUACGCGGCAGCGGGCACAGAGAGGGAGGAACGGCGAGGAAGGCGAGGGCGGCGGGAGGGGGGUAACUGGCCGAGGAGGAAAGCGGAGAGAGCGACCUCGCCCGCGGGACGCCCAGCUGCCGGCCGUAACGCCGAGCUGUUGGGGGUGUCGGGAGGUGCGAUCGGAGCCCGCUGCCGAGGCAGCAGCCCUCCUGAGGCCGGUCGAGAAGAUGCUAAGGCCAGACCUCUGGCUCGGGGCUUGGGUAGUCAAGUAAGUGAUCAUGCAGAGGAAAACUGCAAGAAAAGCAAUUCUGCCCAGGAAACACCUGCAGAAGGAAAUGUCUCUCCUGCUAAGGACUGCUCAGUGUCACAAAAACAAUUGCAGCAACUUGAGAGACAAUUAAAAUGCUUAGCUUUUCAAAAUCCAGGACCUCAGGUAGCUGACUUCAAUCCUGAAACUAGAGAGCAGAAAAAGAAAGCUUGCAUGUCACAAAUGAAACAAGGUCUUUUUAAUAAGCGCAAAACUACAAAGAAGUAUGACAAACAUGGCAGGCUGCUUUGUAAUAACAUUGAUUUGUGUGAUUGCCUGGAAAAGAACUGCCUGGGUUGCUUCUAUCCCUGCCCCAAAUGCAAUUCAAGCAAAUGUGGACCAGAAUGUCGCUGCAACAGAAAAUGGGUUUAUGAUACAAUUGAAACUGAAGGUGGGAAUGUGAUCAGUGUGUUGCCAUUUUCUGUCCCUGACUGA